CAAAUGGAGCCAGGCCAAGCAUAUCUUUGCCUUCAUCGUGAAAAUAGAAAAAAAAAAAAAAAAAAAAAAAGGAGAAGAAUCCAAGUGCCUUCAGGGCAAGGCAACCACUUGUACGCCCACCGUUUCUGGGCAUCCGACAGCAUACGAGGGGAGCUCGCGGUGGACCGGUGCUGCGGACGGCGAUCCACGCCUGUCGGCACUUACACAGGGAUCCACGGCUUACUCUUCACCUCCUCCUCUUCAACUUCCUCUUCCUCUUCCUCUUCCUCUUCGUAAAUUGCUUUUAGCCAUUCAAUCGCUCGUUUUUUUUUCUUCCCAUUUCGCCAAGUGAACUACUCCGGCUCAAUCGUCGACGUGAUUGUCCACUGCUUUUUCAGGUAAAAAUACCAAAGGUUGUUGCUCAAUAAAGAAAAUGGGAAUAUCGAAGGUUAUGGGAUGUGUGUCAACAAUUCUCCUCUCUACAUCUGUCUACCUCAAGAAAUCCGGCAGAACUUACACAGCAGUGCCACUUCUACUAAGUGCUGUGGUUGGGUACACAGUCUCCAUUGCAUCUCAUCCGGCUGUAAAUUUGCCUUUAAUCCUUGGAAAGAGCUCCCAUGGGAGUUUCCCUCUUUGGUCAAAGUUUCUUUUUGCCCCAUAUCUAUUGACAGUUCGAGUAUAUACUGUUUUCAAAAGGAUGAAGAGGAGGGAGUCAUUGUAUGAUGAAAUUGUUGAGGGACUCUAUCUUGGAGGGUGGCCUACUUCAUUGAGUCGUUUGCCUCCGGGUGACCCCGUGGUUAUCGACUGCACAUGUGAAUUACCGAGGACCUAUUUUGUUCCUGCAGAAUCUUAUCUUUGCAUCCCUUUGUGGGAUUCAAGGUCUCCUGAUCCAACACAAAUUGAAUGUGCUGUCCGUUGGGGAUGCCAAAAGAGAUCUGAAAAGAAACCAGUCUACAUCCAUUGUGCAAAUGGACCGGAGCUCGGGCAAGACGAUUGGCAGUGCUAAAAUGGUGAAUGGUCUUUACUACUUUGAGGACAUUUUACCUAGUAAGGAAAUUGUGCAAGGACUUAGUAGUAUUAGUUCUCUUUCUGUUUAUGAUCAAAUAAUGGUUUGGCAUUGCCGUUUAGGUCACCCUAGUUUUUCAUAUAUGAAACAUUUAUUCCCUGAUUUGUUUAAAAAUAUGAACCCCUUAGAUUUUCAAUGCGAAAGUUGUACUCUUGCAAAAAGUCCUCGUAAAACAUAUGUCUCUAGACCUUACCUUGAAUCAAAGCCUUUUUACUUAUUCCACAGUGAUGUGUGGGGACCCUCAAAGGUAACUACAUCAUCAGGACAAAAAUGGUUUGUAAGCUUUACCGAUGACCAUACUCGACUCUGUUGGGUUUUUUUUGAUGAGAAACAAGAAUGAGGUUGAGAAAAUUUUUAAAGAAUUCUACAAUUUGAUUGAAAACCAAUUUCAAACAAAAAUAAGUAUUUUGAGAACAGAUAAUGGUACAGAAUAUUUCAAUCAAUCUGUAGAAAUAUUUUUGAGGGAAAAAGGCAUCUUACAUCAAUCAACAUGUCCUGAUACUCCAGAACAAAAUGGAGUCUCUGAAAGAAAAAAUAGGCACUUACUUGAAGUUGCUAGGGCCAUAAUGUUUUACAUGAAUAUUCCAAAGUACUUGUGGGGAGAUGCAAUUCUAACAACAACUUAUUUAAUUAAUAGGAUGCCUACUAGAGUUUUAAACUACAUCACGCCGUUGCAAUGU